CCUCUACUCCAAAAAAGCAGUAUUGGCUCUGUUUAUAUUGGCUGCAGAAUAAUGGCAUUCAGGUCAAAGGAAGACAGGGAUGACACAGAAGUAGAUGCCAUCUGCAGCUACAGAGAUGAACCUUCAGAUUUCAAGUUCAGCAAAGUGACAGUUUACCAUGAGCUGAAGAACAUGACAAAUGGCAUCACAAAGCUGGGACACUACAGCCUUAACAGCCAGAGCCUCUAUAUUAACGAUUACAAUGAACCACAUGGUCUGUCCUUGGUGAAGCCAUCCACCACACAAAGCCCAGGACAAAUAAUCGAGCAAUUCACAUUGAACUUCACCAUAACUAAUCUCAGGUUCACGACAGACCUAGGGACACCACAUUCUGCUAAAUUCAAUUCUACUAAGAAAAUAAUGCAACAUUAUCUUGACCCCCUGCUUCAGAAGAGCAGCAUUGGCUCUGAUUUCAUUGGCUGCAAAGCAAUAGGAUUCAGGUCAAUGGAGACUAGCGAUAACACAGCAGUAGAUGCCAUCUGCAAGUAUGGAAAUGGCUCUCAAGUGCCCAAGUUGGACCAAGUCAAGGUUUACCAAGAACUAAGGAGCAUGACAAACGGUAUCACCAAAUUAGGAAUUUAUAAACUGGACAAAAAGAGCCUCUAUAUCAAUGGUUAUAAUGAACCACUUGAGAGAUCAUCUCUUAGUAUAACUACUGUACAAAGCCCAACAUCAAGUCAUUUCACACUUAAUUUCACCUUGACCAACCUCCAAUACACUGCAGAUCUGGAUGCACCAAGUUCCCACAAAUUCAUUUCCACAGAAAAAGCUAUCAACCAUUAUAUCGAUCCUCUCUUUAAAAGAAGCAGCAUAAGUUCUGUCUACACUGGAUGUAAAGUGAUGAGAUUUAGGUCACGGAGAGACAUGGGCGACACUGGCAUUGAUGCUGUCUGCAGCUACAAAAAUGACAUUAGCAUUGCCAGGUUUGACAGAGAAGUGGUUUAUCAUGAGCUGAGCACAAUGACAAAUGGCAUCACCAAACUAGGGCACUACAGCCUAGAGAAGAACAGCCUGUACAUUGAUGGUUUCCACCUCAAUGAGGCAGCUACCACCAGAAAGCCUGCCUUGACUAAAGCUCCAGCCAUAAUGGGAUACAAAUUGAGCUUUAGAAUAGUCAAUGAAAAUUUAACUAAUCCAGACUCUCAGUCUCCAGAAUAUAAAGCAGCAGUGGAAAGCAUCAGUAACAAGAUGAACCAGUUAUACCGUCAGAGCAACCUGCAAGACCAGUUCCUGAACUGCAGUAUUACAAGAUUAAGGACUGGAUCCAUUGUGGUUGACUGCAAGUGCUUCUUCCGACCAGAGCCCAGCAUCAACAGGACUGUAGUUGAAAGGGCUUUUCAGGAUGGGAUUUCAAAUGCAACUGGACUAUGGUUGGGAAGUAGAUAUCAGCUGCAAGAAUUCUCAGUAGGCGGCUUGGAGCUAGCAAUAGAGGCAGCAACUUACAAAACACCUCUCAACUCUGGGAAAGAAAACUUCAGAUUAAAAUUCAGAAUCUCCAACCUUCCCUACUCCCCAGAACUGCAGGACUCCAGGUCACAGAUGUACCAAGAGAGCAAAGAGAAAAUUGAGAAAGAGCUCGAUGUAUUCAGAACUAGCAGCAUGAAGGACUACUUUGCUGGCUGUAAUGUUGAGAGCUUUGGGCCCGUCCAUGGGAAAGCUUAUGUAAGUGUAGACUCGGUAUGCAAAUUCACACUGGAACCCUUCUCAAGGACUUUGCAAAAGCAAGAGGUGUACGAAGAGCUGAAACGCCUGACACAAAGGUUCACCAAGCUGGGCGCCAGCUAUGAGCUGGAGGAGCAGAGUCUGGUGGUUGAAGGUUACUCUCCACUCACAACAGUAGAACAGGAGUCCAAAAAAUCCGAGCUUCAAUUCUGGGCAAUUAUCCUCAUCUGCAUUUUCACCCUGCUUGGCUUUGUUCUUCUUCUCUUGUUAUGCUUCCUGAUUGUCUCUUGUCUAAGAAGAAAGUCACAGCUAUACCAGGUUCAACAGGGCAUGUACGGGGGGUUCUUCCCACAUCUGAACACAAGAAAAGUUCAUUGACAGAACAAAUGAAGUCUGUCUUGACAGACCUGCUCAUCCCUCGACAAAGGAAAAAAUGUUUAU